GGAGGAGGAGGAGGAGGAGUACUCUUCCUAGCUACAGUAGCUGUGCGUUGCGACGAGCUUCUGCAUUGUGCAUUGCAUUGCUGCAUCAUCCGAUCCGUUUGGUUUCCCGCUCGCUCCACCUCCUCCUUCCUCGUCGUCUCCUGCCGGCUGCCACUGCCAACAAAGGGCGCGCCACGCACGGCCCGGCCGGUCCCCCCGCACUACGCAGCAGUAUUCCGGAAAGAAACGAGGCGCUGCUCUUGCUGCUGCUGCUGCUCUCUCCCCUCCAUCAUUGCCGCCCGAAACGGCAACCCGCCACCGUCCCACUGCACUGCACUGCACUGCACUCCCCUCCAUCUCCAUCCAUGUGCUCGCCUGCUGCACCACCUCGCUCUCGCUCCUCCACUACCGCCAUUUAAUCCACCUCGCCUAGCUCGCUGCUCCUUGCACACUGCUGGCUGGCUGCCUACCUAGCUACUCCUAGCUCCCUCCUCCAUCAUUAUUCCGGCCUGCAAGCACACUUGCUCUUGCUCGAUCAUUAAUUAGUUCGUCGCUCGAUCGAUCCCUCGCCCUGCACGCAGCAAGCCCCGCCCAUUCUGCUACCUUCUGCCUGCGCAUGCAUCUCCCUCUCUUCCUUCAAUUCAUCAGCAAAGCCUUGCCGCGCGCCGCGUGCGUAACGUACCAGCUGCUAGUAGUGCACUAGUGCUACGCCGCCGCCGGCUCUCUCGUCGUCGUCGUCGUUGACGAUCGUCGUUCGUCCAGUAUAUAUAUAUAUAUACACCAAUUAAUAGGAUCGGAUAAGAAGAAGAAGCUACUAGCUAGAACAGAUAAUGGCGGCGGCGCCGAGGCCCAAGUCGCCGCCUGCCUCGCCGGACCCCUGCGGCCGCCACCGCCUCCAGCUCGCCGUCGACGCGCUCCACCGGGAGAUCAGCUUCCUCGAGGGCGAAAUAAGUUCCAUUGAGGGGGUCCACGCUGCCUCCAGAUGCUGCAAAGAGGUUGAUGAGUUUGUUGGAAGUAAUCCGGAUCCAUUCCUAACGAUUCAGCCAGAGAAAGGAAGCCAUGAUCAAUCUCAGCAGUUUCUGAAGAAGUUCCGAGCAAAGAGCUGCCUGAGCUACUACCUCUCGUGGAUCUGCUGCUGCGGCGGUGGCGGUGGCGGUGGCAGUGGCGGGUGGUGCCCGCCGUCGCUGCAGCUCAAGAGGCCAGCGGCGCCGAGCUGCUCCUGCGCGCCGCGGCUGAGGAAGCUCUGCUGCUGCUGUUGCUGCUGCCGGUGCCGCGUGGUGUACGCCGGCGGCGCCGGCGGCUGCGGGUGCUGCGCGCCGUGCCCGCGCUGCUCGUGCGACUGCACCUGCGCCUGCCCGCGCUGCUGCUCCUGCCCCAGGUGCAGCGCCGCGUGCUGCUGCGCCCCGCGCUGCUGCCUGUGCCUAUGAUGGCCACAUGAGAAAUUUUGUGUGCAUGCUACUACCCGGAGAACCGUGGUUUUGAUGAUGGAUGACUGGCAUUUUGCAGCAUGUUUUUUUUUUGUUUAGUGUCGGCGACACGAGUACUAUUGCUAACUUGCUGUUCUGGUUCGUGCUGCAUGCUGAUUGCUGAAUGGUGUCGAUUCCACAUUUCCACUGUGAGUAGGCCAUGCCCAUGCAGCUCUAGUUUUACGUACAGGACAAAAAUAUAUGCUUAGGUUUCACUAAGAUGGAUUCAGACUUGAAAAGAUUUUGCCAAGGGUUCCAGGUGCACCGUAGUACCGUACCACUUUGCCAAGGUGGUCACUCUUUACUUUCACACACUUUGCAAAAAAAAAAAAAGGUUGAUGUAGUAGCUUGAAACCCCGUGAUACCUCCAACUGAGCCAACACAUUGUUACAGUACUGCUUAAGAGAGACGCAGCACGAAAAAUUCUUACAAAAAUUAGAAACAUUAGACUUUAAA